UCUAGGAUUAUCCCAUGGAAUCUCCUGGAGCUCUCCAGGUUCUCCAGAUGCUUCCUGGUGAAUGUCCCAGAGCUCUUCUGAUUCUCUAGGAUUUUCCCAAGGAAUUUCCCAGUUCUCCAGGAUUAUCCCAUGGAAUUUCCUGGAGUUCUCCUGGUUCUCCAGGAUUUUCCCAUGGAAUUUCCUGGUUCUCCAGGAUUAUCCCAUGGAAUCUCCCGGUUCUCCAGGAUUAUCCCAUGGAAUUUCCUGGUGCUCCAGGUUUUCCCAUUGGAUUUCCUGGCACUCCAGGAUUUUCCCAUGGAAUUUCCUGGUUCUCCAGGAUUAUCCCAUGGAACUUCCCAGUUCUCCAGCUUUUUCCCAUGGAAUUUCCUGGAGCUCUCUCCCUUCUCCAUCUCCUCUGGGAUCCAUUCCCUCCCUCCCCUCCCCCAUCCCCUCCCGAUAAAUCCACCCGGAAUUCUUUGGGAAAAUCCCAUUUUUUUCCGUGUUUUCCGCAGGGGCUCCGGGCCGGUGCUGCCGCUGAUCCUGGCCAGGUUUUACCCGGAGCUCUCGGUGCUUUACCUGCUCCAGCACCAGCGCCAGGAUGAGCUCUACAGCCAAGGAAUCCGGGAGCUGAGCCAAUUCCCGGAUUUCCAGCUCCUGGAAUUCCUGGGAGUGCAGAAGCACCUUUGGCCUCUCCAGGAUCCGAUCCCGAGCCGGAGCCAGGAUUUUUGCUGUUUCCGAGCGGCCACCGAGCGGCUCCAGAGGCUCCUGUGAGACCCCAAUUCCCGGGAUUUGGGGAAUUUGGGGAUUUGGGGAAUUUUGGGAUUUGGGAUUUUGGG